GUUCAAGACGGUGACGUCGUCCAGCCUGCCGCUCUUCACGUCCGGCGACCGCGGCAGGUACAGCGUCAUCGUCUUCGAGUCGUACGCCAAGUACCUGGCCAUGGACUCUUGGAACCGCGCCAUCAUGGACAAGUACUGCAAGGAGUACGACGUGGGCAUCGUGGCGUUCAUGCCGACGCAGGAGGACAGUCUGCACGGCGCGGAGCUGACCGGCUCCGGCCUGCGGAUCCACACCAACCUCGCCCUGCAGGACGCGGAGCUGAACCCCGACUCACCGGUGCUGCGGAUCGCCAGAGCCGGAGAGACUCUACGCGGCCCCGUGCCCGGUGACGUGCACACGGUGUUCGUGCACAACCACAGCUCUUACCGGCCGGUGGUGACGGCGUCCCCCCGGCACCCGGAGAUGUUCGGCGGUCGGUACCGGCGUCUCACGCUUGUCGUUCAGGACUGCGGCUACCACGACGGCAUCCGCCGCGUGCUGUUUGGCACCGGCCCGGACUUCUGGCUGAGCCGGGUGCUCCUGCUGGACAGCAUGUCGUACCUCUCGCACGGCCAGCUGGCGCACCCGCUGGACCGGCUCAUCAUGGUGGACGUCGACGACAUCUUCGUCGGUCGGUCCGGCAUUCGCAUGAAGCCGGACGAUGUUCAGGCGAUGCUGGACUCGCAGUCCCGCCUGCGGCAGCUGGUGCCCGGCUUCACCUUCAACCUGGGCUUCUGUGGCAAGAUGCUCCACACGGGCAGCGAGGAGGAGAACGCCGGCGACGACGCCCUGCUGGCGGCCGCCGACCAGUUCUGGUGGUUCCCGCACAUCUGGAGCCACAAGCAGCCGCACACAUUCGGCAACUUCAGCGAAAUCGUGCAUCAGAUGACCCUCAACAAACAGUUCGCGGAGGAGCACCAUCUGCAGGUGCAGCACCAGUACGCCGUGGCGCCGCACCACUCCGGCGUGUACCCCGUCAACAACCGCCUGUACGACGCCUGGCGGGAGGUUUGGGACAUUCGGCAGACGUCGACCGAGGAGUACCCGCACCUGUACCCGGCCGUGCAGCGGCGCGGCUUCGUCUACAAGGGUGUGCGCGUGCUGCCGCGACAGACCUGCGGGCUGUUCACCCACACCAUCUUCAUCGACAAGUACCCGGGAGGACGGCAGGCGCUGGACGACAAAAUUCAGGGCGGAGAGAUAUUCCAGACCAUGCUCAACAACCCGAUGUCGAUCUUCAUGACGCACCUCAGCAACUACGGCAACGACCGGCUGGGCCUGUACACGUUCGAGUCGGCCGCGCGCUUCGUCUCGUGCUGGACCCACCUGCGGCUGCGCACGGAGCCGCCCGACCGGCUGGCCGACCAGUACUUCCAGCGGUUCCCGGAGCAGCGCGACCCCGUCUGGGGCAACCCGUGCCGGGAUCGCCGCCACCUGAGUCUGUGGCGGAUGGCCGAGGACGCGGCCGUGUGCCAGCGCUUCCCGCGCCUGCUGGUGCUCGGGCCGCAGAAGACGGGCUCGACGGCGCUCUUCACCUUCCUCGGCCUGCACCCGACGCUGCUGGCCAGCCGACCCAGCCCCGACACGUUCGAGGAGGUGCAGUUCUUCAACGGCAACAACUACCUGAACGGCAUCGACUGGUACCUGAACUUCUUCCCAGUGCCCAACAACGACUCGGUGUACCUGUUCGAGAAGAGCGCCACCUACUUCGACAGUGAUGUGGUCCCCAAACGCGUGCAUUUCCUGCUGCCGGACGUCAAGCUGGUGGCGAUCCUGAUCAGCCCGGCGGCGCGCGCCUACAGCUGGUACCAGCACCAGCGGGCGCACCAGCUGUCGGCGGCGCUGCGCUACUCCUUCUACGAGGUGGUGUCGGCCACCAACCAGUCUGAGCGUAGCCUACGCCAGCUGAGGAACAGGUGUCUGGAGCCGGGCAAGUACGCCUCCCACCUGGAGAUUUGGCUGCGCCACUUCCCGCCGUCACAGCUGCUCCUGAUGGAAGGUGACCAGCUGAAGGACGACCCCGUCCAGGUGAUGCAGAAGGUGCAGGAGUUCCUGCAGGUGGUGCCAAUAGUGGACUACAGCCGCCUUAUCGAGUACGACGAAGAGAAGGGCUUCUACUGUCAGGUGCUGGCCGGCUCGGGGCACACCAAAUGCCUCGGCAGCGGCAAGGGUCGCCAUUACGAGCCCAUGGAGGAGCAAGCUUCCCAAUUCCUUAAGCGCUUCUACUUCAGUCACAACAUCAAGCUGAACAAGCUGCUGAAGCGGACGGGGAAGGCGGUGCCGCCCUGGCUGGUACAGGAGCUGAGCAACGUCCCCGGCGGCUGACUCCGGACUAGGCUGGCGGCAGAGUGCAAGCCCGCGCUCGUUCUGUGGCUCCGAACCGAUCCUUGGCAUUGUGAACCGCGUCUAACUAAUGUCUCCCGUUCUCCUUCCGCCGUGGUAAUCCCCUGUGACCUAACCUCGCGACGAGGGUAGUAUUGUGCUUCGCUGUACCCCAGUUGUAUUGGGGACGCGUGCACCUUGUUAGUACCACUGUUUCAUAACUGCGCAUAACCUCCGUGGAGACCGCCCGUCUUGUUGACGCGGGCAUUGUCGACAACUGAUCGUUCAUGGACUCCCAGAUGGCACGAGCGUUCCCUCGUGGAAACUUCCGAACCGUUUGCCGCUUC